AAAAAUAAAAAAAAAGAUUAACGAUCAAUAAGCUAGUUAAUCACUGUGUUUUAUAAGAGAUGACGACCAAAAAAAUUCCAGAGGAUUUGGUGGUAGAAAUAUUCUCUAGGGUUCCGGCUGUAUCUUUGGCACGGUUACGAUCAAUAUCCAAAGGAUGGAAUGUUUUGAUCAAAGAUGGGAGAGUACUUGCUAAGAAGCACUCUACUAAUGCUUCGAACUCUUCUUUGGCCCUCAUGUUGAUUGAUUAUAGGCUUUAUAUAGUGAGAUUCAAUCUCAAUGGAAUUCACACUAACGUUGCUCCCUCUGUUAAGGUAACUGGACUAUUUAGCCUAGAAGAUCCUCUUUCUUACGAAGAAGUCGAUAUAUGCGACAUCUUUCAUUGUGAGGGAUUAUUGUUAUGCACUACCAAAGACAAUAGACUAGUUGUUUGGAAUCCAUGUUCAGGAGAAAAUAGGUGGGUUCAACCUAAAAAUUCUUACAAAGAAUUCGAUUUGUUUGCUUUCGGUUACGAUAACAAAUUAUCUUGUUACAAAAUCUUGAGGAUUGGUGGAUCUUUUCAUGGUACCAUAUUUCAAACUGAGAACGAAAUCUAUGACUUCACCUCCAAUUCUUGGAGGGUUGUUGUUGGUAAGACUAUAGACUGGUCUAUUAUAGAGGAUGAUCACAUUGUGAAGAUUGUUAGAGAGAUUGACUACACUCGUGGCAUGUAUGUGAAUGGGAAUAUUGUUAUAAAGGGUGACAACACUCGUGGCAUGUAUGCAAAUGGAAAUACUUACUGGAUUGCUUUUACUCCAAACUUGGAACAUGAACACCGCUAUAAUUAUCUCUUACUAAGUUUUGAUUUCUCUACAGAGAUAUUUGGUAAUGUGCCUUUUCCAGGAGAUGAUGAUAUACAUGCAUGUUUUCCUUUGGUUUUAUCUGUGACUAGAGAAGGGCAACAACUUUGUAUAUUGCUAAAUGGUGCCCUUAGGGCCAACCAUUAUUACAUAUGGAUAGCAUCCAAGAGUGAGAGUACCGGAGCAAUAUCAUGGACCAAGUUCCUCACUGUGUGGGACGAUGGUCCCAUCUAUCAUUUUGGGUUUAGGCAUUUUAGGGCUGGUGGGUUGAGUUUUUUGGCUGACCAUGAGAAGGAAAUUCUAUUGACUUGUAAUAAAAACAGCCACGACCAAUAUUCUAAGAACAUCAUACACAUUAUGGGAAACGGUAAAUACACAGAAUUGGAUCAUCAUGGCGCAAAACCUACACAUGAAUUUCCUAGCCCACUUCUCUUCUGCUAUGUUCCAAGUUUGGUUCGAAUCCAGCAUUGUAUCUAGUACUCUUUGGAGGAGGCAAAAGGCUAGGGAAUCACCAAGUCAUUAUAUGGCCAUCUAAUUGUCACACUAGUCUAUGCAUUCUCUAAUCCAACUCUUGAUAUU